GGUAUUACAGAGAUAAAUAAAAAUUAUAAAAAUUACUGCUUCGUUUUAAAAAAUAUGGGAAGAGAAGGAAUGAGGCGAGUGGAGAGGAACGCCUGUGUGAUAACGACUUCCUAAAGGAGGAGCAACAGGAGCAACAAAAGAAACAAGUAACACGCGAUUAUCGUCGAUAAAACGAAUUAAUUAUGAGUCGAUCUCAUAUGCUGUAUGAUAAUAAACCAUUAGAAUCAAUACCAGUCACUCCUGUUCAAUGGGAAACUCCGUGGAAUGCCGAAAACAUCUUUAGAUAUGACAGCGACGGUGGUAUUUUGGUUGAAGGCACUGUGCAAAGCAGGUCAAGAUUCUCAAUACGAGAUAAAACACCAGUUAAUACAAAGUGGAGGUAUGUUGUACUUCAUGUUACAGUAACCAGGGCAAUCAAGAGAAAGUUUGAUGCAUCAGGGAAAGAAAUGGAACCCAACUUUGGAGAAACUAAGAAAGUCAGCACAGGAUAUYUAAUGUCAUCUUACAAAACAUGUGCUGUUGGAGAAGCUGAUAAGUUAACAGUUUAUGAAGUAUUGCAAAAAAUAUCAGUCAAGGAGCUGCAAGCUUUAACUGAAUAUAAAGAGUCAGCUUACAAAAACUGUAUAUCAUUUUGGUGGGAUGAAAAAGAAUUAGAAAAAAUAGAACUUAGUGCAGGUGAUCACAUCAGACUAAGAACCAAAGGGAAUGGACCCUACAUUGAUUCACUGAGYAAACUUGACCAGCAAACGUCAACGGUCUCAAACUACUCAGGUGGCGAAAGUACUGGUGCAUUGUGGACUGACAAAGUCAUGUCAUUCAAGAAAGAAGAACAUGAAGAUGAUGACAGACAAGAGGGUGUUGAUGAGGAUGAAUGGGAUGAUUGAACCUAAAAGAAAGUGUAACCAAUAAAAGACUGCAAGUGCCCUUGUACCCUGAAUUUAUUUCAAUCAGAUCAAAUCAUUAUACAAUAAAAUGGGAGAUGAAUAUUGAAYUCAACAUUGCUGAAGAUCAAUAUU